AUGCUACUAAAAGGUCAAAGACUUGCCGUGAAGAAGUGCAACGAAUAUCGUAAGGUUAUUACCACGACACACAAAAUCAUACCUCUGCUCAUCAAUCCAAUCGCACACGAAAUAAAUGUAUACAACUGUACGAACGAAUUGAAGCUGAUCGUGGGCGGCCAGCAGGCAAGGUACGGUGAAUUUCCUCAUCAAGCACUGUUGGGCUACCCAAAGCAAAGCGACCCAUCUGAUGUUGAGUUCCUGUGCGGUGGAACAUUGAUCAGUGAGCAGCAUGUCCUCACGGCAGCUCAUUGCUUUUCCGAUCACGAUCCGACGGUAGUACGGCUCGGCGAGUAUGACACUACGUCAAAGUCAUACGAUGAGCUCCAGCUUAAGAUCGAUCGCAUUCGUCGACAUCCGAAAUAUCCACGCACCCAACCGUACGAUGAUGUAGCUAUUGUGCGUCUUGAACGGCCAGUCCAGUUAAGCAAACACAUACGUCCAGCCUGUCUGUGGGAUUCGAAGCAGCGACCAACAUCGAAGUUCGUUGCGUCCGGGUUUGGACGGCGCGACUUCUUCGACACGGAACUGUCACCAACGCUGAUGAAGGUACAGCUGGAUGAAUUUCCGAGAGACGAUUGCUCGCGAUACUUUCGGCGUUUGCGCCACGGAUUGCGACCAGGUCAGCUGUGUGUCGGUAGCGCCACCUCGAAGAAGGACACCUGUCAGGGAGAUUCCGGUGGUCCGUUGCAGCUGCUGACGAAUGGUACGACCUGUACGUAUUAUAUCGUAGGCAUUACAUCGCUUGGAGUACGACAUCGCUUGUAUGCGAAGUCGUACGGGAUCUAUACGGAAGUGGCACAUUAUCUCGAUUGGAUAGAAGCAAACGUGUGGGGUGCGAAUGCGCUCUAG